CUACUUGCUACUUUCAAUAUUACAUCUGUAUUGAUAUGAAAGAUGCAUGCUACUACUUAAAUGAAUUUUUUGGCUGGUAACGAUUUUAUCCGAAAAUGACCGAAGGUCAAACGAAACCCAAAUAUGUCCGGCUAAACUAAAACUAAUUUGUCAUACAACGCCUCUAGUAUCAAUUAUUCGCAACUAAUAUCAGCUGAUUAUUUAUUUUUGUUGAAACCGCCAAUUUUAUUUUACGUUACUCAUGUGUUGAUAUAAGUUAAAAGCGUGCUGACUAUUUAAAAGUGAGUUGAGAAUUUCAAGUGCAAAAAUCAGUAAUUUCCAAAAGAAAGAAGAAAAUUAAAAGAUGGAUUUUGAGGAAGAUGAAGACAUAUUCGAAGUAAGCGAUGACGAGCCGGGGGGUAAUAAAGAAAUAUCUUGUAGUUAUAACCCCAUAGACGAUCAUUUAAUGAAACAAUUAAAUGACGUCAAAGAUUGUAUCGCAAAUGUCACAAAUGAAACGGAAAAUGUGCAAUCUCUUGGUGAUAAAAUUGUUAAGAAGCUUUACAGAAAAUGUCAGUACGUUAUUGACAGCGAAAGUUCUGAUGAUGAUGAUGAGCUUUAUGAUGCGAAUAAUGAACCAGUUAUCAAGAGGAAAAAAAUGACCGAAGAUUUUCAGGAGCCGUUGAUCGUCACUGAUGUUUGGCAAAGGAUUAUUGAUGACAAGUGGGUGAUAGGAGUUAAUCUUGAAAAUAAUUCUAAAAG